AUGAAUAAUCUGUACUCAGCAGGCAAAGUCUUGUCCUACACUGUAAGGACGGUGGCCGUGUUGCACAUAUUUUCGUCGAAUGUUCUCGAAAUCAGCGACACUACGGGCGAGAGUAUGUUACCGACGCUGGCUGUCGUCAAUGAUAGUGCCGUGGUAGACAAGCGAUAUAAAUACGGCAGAAAUGUGAAAAUGGGGGACCUGAUUGUGGCACGCAAGCCUACCGAGCCGUCAAGUUUGGUGACGAAACGAAUAACUGGGAUGCCAGGAGACAUUGUCCUCAUUGACCCGUCCAAAAACUCGCUCCGAAGGUUACACCAGGAACACCUUGACAUGCAAGAGGUAGCUCCUCUGGACAACAGCAGUUAUGACAAUUACGUGAUUGUUCCAAAAGGCCAUGUCUGGGUGACAGGCGACAACCUUAGCGCGUCUCUCGAUUCAAGAACCUACUCCGUCGUUCCGCUCGCUAUGAUAGAAGGAAAACUGGUCUACGCGUGGUAUCUAACGGGAAUGCUCUCUAUGUUUACCAACUCACCUAGAAAACUGCCCAAUACUUUUGUGGAGGAGUGA